CGUUCGGUUCUCCUCCCGUCGCGGGCUCCGGCGCUGCGUGCGGGGCGGGCCGGGCGAGGAGGCGGGACACGUCGGCGCUGCCACCGCCGCCGCCACUCCUCUAGUUCCAGCUACCGCCGCGGCUGCUUUUCGGUUGAGUUCUCCCGCGGUCCCGGCGGCGCCAGGUGCGUUCACCCUGCCCGGCCCGGCUCCCGUCUGCCGCCGCUGCCGCCGUAGCUGCCCUAGGCUCCCCGCCCCAUUGCGGAGAUGGCGACGCGCUCCUGCCGGGAGAAGGCGCAGAAGCUGAACGAGCAGCACCAGCUUAUCCUGUCCAAGCUGCUGAGGGAGGAGGACAACAAGUACUGCGCCGACUGCGAGGCCAAAGUGACUAGGUGGAUAGUGCUGCCACCAGCAAAGCUGGGACCAUCAGGAAGAGCAGGUCCCCGAUGGGCUUCCUGGAAUAUUGGCGUGUUUAUUUGCAUCAGAUGUGCUGGAAUCCAUAGAAAUCUUGGGGUUCAUAUAUCUAGGGUCAAGUCAGUCAACCUAGACCAAUGGACACCGGAACAAAUACAGUGCAUGCAAGAUAUGGGAAAUACUAAAGCGAGACUACUCUAUGAAGCUAAUCUUCCAGAGAACUUUCGAAGACCACAAACAGAUCAAGCGGUGGAAUUUUUCAUCAGAGAUAAAUAUGAAAAGAAGAAAUACUACGAUAAAAAUGCUAUAGCUAUUACAAAUAUUUCCUCCUCUGAUGCUCCUCUUCAGCCUUUGGUAUCCUCUCCUUCUCUGCAAGCUGCUGUUGAGAAAAACAAAUUGGAGAAAGAAAAGGAAAAAAAAAAGGAAGAGAAAAAGAGAGAAAAGGAGCCAGAAAAGCCUGCAAAACCUCUUACAACUGAAAAGCUGCAGAAGAAAGAAGAACAGCAAUUGGAACUUAAAAAAAGUACCAGCCCUAAAAAAACUGCAGAGCCCACUGUUGAUCUUUUAGGACUUGAUGGCCCUGCCGAGGCACCAGUAACCAAUGGGAACGCAACCACGAUGCCAGCCCUGAAUGAUGAUCUGGACAUCUUUGGGCCAAUGAUUUCUAAUCCCUUACCCACAACUGUCAUGCCUCCAGCUCAGGGGACGCUUACUGUACCAGCAGCUGCCCCCCUGUCUACAGUAGCAUCUGGGGAUCUUGACCUAUUCACUGAGCAAACUACAAAAGCAGAAGAAUCCACAAAAAAACAGCUCUCCAAAGACUCCAUCUUAUCACUGUAUGGCACAGGGACCAUUCAGCAGCAGAAUACUCCUGGUGUGUUUAUGGGGCCUGCAAAUAUACCAUUUACCUCACAAGCACCAACUGCAUUUCAAGGUUUUCCAUCAAUGGGCGUACCUGUGCCUGCAGCUCCUGGCCUCAUGGGAAAUGUAAUGGGACAGAGUGCAAGCAUGAUGGUGGGCAUGCCCAUGCACAAUGGGUUUAUGGGAAAUGCACAAACUGGCGUGAUGCCACUUCCUCAAAAUGUUGCCGGGCCCCAGGGAGGAAUGGUGGGGCAGAUGAGUGCAUCCCAGAGUAAGUUUGGUCUGCCACAAACUCAGCAGCCCCAGUGGAGCCUCUCACAGAUGAAUCAGCAAAUGGCUGGCAUGAGUAUCAACAGUGCAAACCCCACAGUGGGUUUUGGCCAGCCACCCAGCACAACAGCAGGAUGGUCUGGAAGCUCAUCGGGUCAGACUCUCAGCACACAACUUUGGAAAUGAAAAAUGCAAUACGAGUUGCGUCCAGAACUACCACCUGACAUUCCUUGCUAAAAUGCAUCUAGUUCCCUUGUUUAUUCAUGUACAUGGUUUUUUUUCCCAUAUGUUCAUACUAAGAAUUAUCUGACCGUGUUGGUCUGUAACUGAUUAAAUUUGAUGUGGUGAAAAGCAGGUUGAGAAACCAUUUUAUGUCAAGGGCAGCUUUGCUCAAUAUUUCCCAUGAUUUCAUAAACCACGUUCUUUGAGAAUCUGCUCAGUCGACUUGCAUAAUCAGUUUUACUCUCAAUGAAAUUAUAGCUCUAAUGUUUGCAUAUAAGGGAAGUAGUUAUCAUGUUAGUAAUACCUCUAACAGUAAAAAAACAGUAAAAACCCUACCCCAGAUUAGCCAGUAAUCCUGUAGGAAGGUACUGUAUGAUCAAAUGUUUAAUCAUAUAAAUAGAAUGUAAAUGUAUAACUGAGCACUGAUUUCUAGUGUAUAAAAUUUUGAUUUCUAGUGUAUAAAAUGCUUUUAUUUCAUCAUUCACUGUGCUGUUGUUUUGACAAUGUGCUUAACAGGGAACGUGGUUAGUGAAAGGAAGAUAAACCUGGAUGUUACUAUAAAUUUAGUUUAAUGUUUAAAGAAUUCAAAUUUUAUCUGCCUCUCUCACAAUUUGGAUCUUUUCUUACGAACAUAGUGCUAACAUGAAGACCUUUAUAUGCACUGUGUAUGCAAACAGGGUAACUACAACAAAGCCACUUUUAAUUCUUGAAGGGUAUAUCCAGGUUUAUGACAGUAAUUGUGUUUACAUUUUACGGUGCCUAGUAUCGACAAAAUGUUAUUUCCCAAUAUUAAACAGAUGAAUCCAUAGCCUUUUUUUUUUUUUUUUUGUGGAUUUUACUUCCUUUGAUACAUAUACUACCACCAACCUUCCAAAAACUACUUAAUGUUGGAAAGUCAGGAACGUUUAGUUGGCAAAAUACCUGUCAUCUGUUUCCAAAACCUUUGCAGUUCCACAAGGCCGCAUUGGGGGGUGGGGGCAUGUAGGAUGUUCAGAAUGGUGUCUUGCAGUGUCAUGUAGCCGUAUUGUACAAAGAUGUUUGGUUGUGGGAACACAUGCAUAACAAACGAAGACAAAACAUAACAUCUUAUACCAUCUAAUUAGCUUAUGUUAACUGACAAGCUGUUUGUACAGAUGUCCAUCAGAUGACAAUAAAGGCUGUGUACUGUAAAAUGAAAAAUACCUGAAUACUCUGCAGCCUAAACUCCAAAAUCCUCUUCCACAUCCACGGGCCAGGCAAAUUGCAUCAGUUGCUGCUUCAAUUUAUACCUCAAUUUUCACCGUGUCCAGGUGGUACUUUGGCUCGUUGGCUAGAUUAACCUUCUCUGUCCGAGUGUGCCACACGAGAACCUAAAGAGGAGGGAAAUAUUGUGGGGUAGCCACAUUCUUACUGCUGACACUCAACAAGACCAAGCAGCACGAGUGAAAUGAAUACCUUGGUGCAGUUGUUUGCUUUUGGUUCCAGUUCUUCAACUGUUGUUAUCUGUUUUAGAAAGUCAGAUUCUUGCAUCCCUGGCUGGGACCCAUGGCGCUUAAAUACAGCUUUUGGAUUGGACAAGAUGACUUGAAGGCUUACAGCAAAUCCUUUGUGAAAAGUUUAAAAAAAAAAAAAAAAAAAAAACUUUAAAA